GCCCUGCGCCGCGCGCGGAGGGCCCCGACGCGCCCAAAAUGGCGGCGGUCGGGCGCUGAGGCGGCGCGGCGGGAUGGAGCCGGCAGCGCUCGGCUGCCUGCGGCGCCUCCUGCCCGCCGCCCCGCGGGCCCUGCGGCCCGGCCGCGCCCUGGCGCCGUCCCGCGGCGGGCAGACGGGCGGCGGAGCUCCGCGGGCGCGCCGCGACCUGUACGAGGUGCUGGGAGUCCCGGCCACGGCGACAGCGGCGCAGAUCAAGACGGCGUACUACGAGCAGUCGUUCCGCUACCACCCCGACCGCAACGCCGGCAGUGCCGCCGCCGCCGCCCGCUUCGCCGCCGUUAGCGAGGCCUAUCGGGUGCUCGGCAGCGCCGCCCUGCGCCGCAAGUACGACCGCGGUCUCCUCAGCCGCGAGGACCUGCGCGGCGCCCCACAGCCCAAGGGCCGCCCGCCCCCUCCCCCCGCGCCGCCGCCUCCGGACCCCGCUGCCGCCCGCCGUGGGCCCGUCCGGCCGCCCUUCGAUUUCGAUGCCUUUUACCGGGCGCACUACGGGGAGCAGCUGGAGCGGGAGAGGGUGCUGCGGGCGCGGCGGGAGCAGCUGCGCCUCCGCCGGGAGGAGGCCGCGGCCCAGGGAUGCUUCCGGAUUGUCUCCGAUCUCUCGGUCGGGCUCAUCUUCUUCCUGGGUUUCGCUAUCCUCUACGGCCUCAAGUGACAGCGGCGCCACUGCAGGGCAGGGUAGCCACCGGCGCACCCACAUAGCUCCACUGCUGCGGUGGGACGGAGUGUCACCAGUGGGCAUGGCACGCUGGCUGGGGGGCGUUUCCUGUACCCGCACAGCUGGCAGGCACCGUGUGCAGGCUCUGCUCCUGAGACUGAGACAUGUCCCUUCUGCCAGUGUGACCUUCAGAGAUGGUGCACAACUAGCAGGCUCCGUGUGUGGGCUCUGGUCCGUGGGCUGUGACCUGACCCCUCUGCCAGCAUGACCUUCAGACAUGGAGGGCAACUGGCAGGCACAAUAUGUGGCUGCGAUGUGACCUCUGCAAGCGUGACCUGCAGACAGCAUGUGACCGCUGGCUACCGCAUGUGGGCUCUGCUCCGCAGGCUGUGAUGUGCCCCUGCCACCAGCGUGACCUUGCAGACGGUGUAGGGGCUUGACCGGCUGCUAUGUGCACCCUCUGCCAAUAUGACCUGCAGACAGUGCCUGACAGGAGUGUUGGUCUCCAAACUGCAUCAUUGCCCUCGUCUGUCCCUGUUCAGGGCUUGCCCUGCUGUGUCGCAAGUACAGAAGUCUUGGCUUCAGCAGCCUGGAAUAAUGAAACCUGGGCCCGUGGCGGCUCGUGUCCUGGUCAGUGUGUGACAUCGGCUGGAGGUGCUGUCCAAAACACUGCUGUGUUUAGAACAGCCUGUCCUGUGUUGGGCUUGCCAGGAGCUUCGCACAAGACCAUCCCACACAGGCCUUCGUGGCUGGGAGUGGUAUGCUUCUGACCACUGAGUGCCAUUAUUUGUCUUUUAUAUGUAUCUAAGUAUCAUUUGCACAUAAGAGUAUUUGCCUAUUUAAGUACUGAAGUAUUUUAAGAACUAAAGAUUGUGUGUCUCGGAGCUUCUGUCUUUCCUUGAGUGAAGGUUUCACCUGUGCUAUGCUGGUAGUAUGUGGAGUGAGCGAAGCUUCAUGGUAUUGAACUCUGAGUGUGCCAAAGACUUCAUUCAUCUGCAUUACUUUGCACUGGAUUUGCUGCGCCUGGCUGGCACCGGUCUGCACAGGGACCAAGCCCUCUCCCCUCACUGCAGUGACCUUGGGUUAUGAUUUCUCCCAACACAAAAAUGUUAAAAGCAAAUGCCCCAUGUUUUCUGGCUGUGGAGUUCUGUGAUACUAAACUGAGCCUGAGACAGUAGCAUGGCAGGGAGUAAUAAUGCCUCCUGGUACAGGGUAUAUACUGUACAGGAGAGCUUUCUGCCUUUUCUGGAAAGCACUGUACCACUUCCAGCUGCAGACUCCGGAGACCGCUGCAUGUUUGGAGCAAAUUCAGCCCAGGGACAGAGUGCGAGCUUUCCAGGAUCCUCUCUGGUUGUCAGUCCAUCCUUCUGUGUGGGAUUAUAGUGCUGAAAUGUCAGUAUGUGAAGAGCAGGAACCCAGCGUUCAAGGGUAUCCGUUACAGAGUGAAAGUCUCCAGAGUUGUGGCUCUGUGUCAUGUGCUGAUGCAUUUUCAUGCCAUAAACCAACUCACCUGAAAGAUCAGAGGCGACUUUUCUGGCAGAGUUUGGCAGGAAAUGUUCUCUUCCAGGCUGGAAGAGCUAGGAUGUCCAUAGGAAAUGGUGGGUACUAGGGAGCACCUCUCCAGUUCCUGGUGUGGCUUGCAGGUUUUUAAGGCAGCCCUGCCAAACACAAGGUGUCCUCUGGAUUGAUCUUUCUUAAAUCUAUGUAGUGCCAAGGCCUGGGGCUUGUGGGCUGUUCCUGCAGGCAGGCUCUGUACCGAGCUGUGAGCCAGCUUCCUGGCAGAGAGAGGGUCUGGUGUGGAGCAGGAGGAACAGGCUAGCUGGUAUGCUGCCUGCAUCACUCUGCUCCCUAACACUGGGACAGGGAAGAGCUGCUGCAGUAAGCCAGCUGGGCUGGCUCCUGCUCUGUGUCUGGUGCUUGUGUCUGAAAUUGUGGGGUGAAGUACCCAGGCACCAAAACUGAGCUAAUCCAUGUGCCUUUCAAUGGGUGGUUUGGGCAGUUUAUAUUACUGGUUCUUCCUCAGGUGUCCACGAUGUAUCUUGAACAUUAAAUAUAACUAGCCAUAAACUGGUGAUGAAA